AGUGGGGUGCGCACGCGUUUUUGAUCUCUCUAAGCAUUUACUGAGACAAGGUACCCAAAAGACUGUGAAGAAGAACAGUAGUCCAGUUUCUUAAUAGGUAUAGUGACCCGACGAACACAAUACACGAAGACAUUGGAAUUGGCAGAAAAAGGCUACUAACUCACCAUGGCUGAGGAAAAAACGUCUGCCCCAGUAAACGGGAAUGUAAGUGUGAACCCGAAGUCACUAGAGGCGACAGAGAGCCAGAUAGUACCCAUGGAUAUUGAACAAAUGAAAAUGGGAGAGGACGACGACGAGGACAACUUAGUGGAAGAGGAGGAAGUUGAUCGAGGAGGCUGGGGCAACAAGUUAGACUUCAUCAUGGCUUGCAUCGGCUACGCGGUGGGCCUGGGAAAUGUCUGGAGGUUCCCGUAUCUCUGCUACAAAAACGGAGGAGGAGCCUUUCUCAUUCCCUACUUCGUGUCGUUGGUGGCGUGUGGUGUACCUAUCUUCCUUAUGGAGGUUUCCCUUGGUCAAGCCUUACAGACUGGAGGCAUAAGCGUAUGGGAAAUAUUUCCCGCCAUUAAAGGUGUUGGUCUGUCCGCCGCCACCAUUGCUUCCAUGCUGAACGUAUACUACAUCAUCAUCGUGUCCUGGUCUCUGUUCUACAUGUUUGUCUCCUUCACCAGCGAGCUACCCUGGCACGAUUGCGGCAACGAAUGGAACAACGAGUUCUGCAGUGAACUGGAGCUGCAGAAUAACCUGACAUCUUCCAUAAAGAAGAAUUUCUUCUUAUCCACCAACGGCUCACUUUUGCCCAAACCACUGGCCGAAUCCUCCGCUGAACAGUAUUGGGAGAGAAGAGUACUGCACAUAAGUAGCGGGUUUGAGGACGUUGGUAGUAUCCGAUGGGACCUCAUUGGAUGUUUGGCCUUAGCCUGGGUGAUGACAUUCCUCUGUAUUUGGAGAGGCGUCAAAACUACUGGAAAGAUCGUGUGGUUCACUGCCCUCAUUCCUUACGUCAUCCUACUCAUUCUCCUCAUCAACGGUGUCCUCCUGGAAGGUUCCGAGGAUGGCAUCCUCUACUACAUCACACCUACUUUUGACAAACUCACUGAGGCCAAAGUAUGGGUUGAUGCUGCCACCCAGAUCUUCUUUUCCUAUGGCGUGGGCAUCGGCUCGCUUAUUUCACUCGGUAGCUACAAUCCUUACCGGAACAAUGUUUUGAUUGAUACAAUUGUGGUGGGUAUCGUGAACGCAGCCACCAGCCUGUUCGCAGGUUUUGUCAUCUUUGCUGUACUGGGCUACAUGGCGACCAUACAAGAUGUGGAAGUUUCGCAAGUAGCUGACGAAGGGCCAGGACUGGCAUUUGUUGCAUAUCCAACGGCUGUUGAUACUAUGCCCGCCGCUCCUUUCUGGUCAAUCAUAUUCUUCGCCAUGCUGGUCAUGUUGGGUCUGGACAGUCAGUUCUGCGUCGUAGAGGGCUUCGUCACCUCCCUCAUGGACGGCUUUCCCGAGUUCAGGCUCAGGCAGAAUCGGACCAUUUUUGUCAUCUGCAUCUGCGUCGUAGAUUUCUUCCUGGGGUUCAUGUGUCUCACAGAGGGCGGGAUGUACAUGUUCCAGUUGUUGGAUUCCUACGCAGCUAGCGGCAUGCCAUUGCUUUGGGUAGCCAGUUUUGAGUGCAUCACAAUAUCUUACGGCUAUGGAAUCCGGCGAUACUACCGAGAUGUGUCCACGAUGCUUACAUUCACGCCGGGUUGGUUCUGGCCACUCAGUUGGGCUUUCAUCACCCCCGUGGUCACUGUUGGAAUAUUCAUCUUCAGCCUGGUCGACUACUCCGGACCAAAGUACGGCGAUAAUUACUACUUCCCAAUCAGCGGCGAGAUUUUGGGCUGGAUGAUGUCCCUAGCCUCCAUGCAGUGGAUCGUCACAUACGCCCUCUAUCUGUUCCUCACCAGUCCCGGCACAGUCAAAGAGCGGCUACACCUUAUGACAACUGCUCGCGUCUUCCCCAAGGAGAAGGAGAACCCUCUCCCAGACGAGGAAUGCAGCGUAGGAGGUAGCUCAGAGUCCUCAGACAAGCACGAUCGAGACAGCAUCCCUCCACAUUACAAGAACACGGUAGAUGACGAGACUGCCCAUGAUAACGAGGCAUAUACCGAGGACAACGGUGACGUACGUAAGGAUGUUGGUAUAGGGGAUAGCGAUGAUGAGUAGGAUUAGCGACUUGAAUUGAGGCUAUGUAAGGGAUCGUGGCAGGGUCACUGACCUAUAUACCAAGGUCAGUGGGUAGAGUGGGCCUUUUUGACCAGCCCUGCGAUGGAAGGUUUGUAUAAGUUUUAAAGGUGUUUCCUCGACUCACUGUGUCUGUAAAUAUUCACGUUCCAGGCUGCCGUUCUAUCAAUAGUUUAAAAUAUUUGGCUGCUGCGACAUAUUUUUAAGCUUUAAUCAGGAAAACCAGCUUACGAGCGGAGGCUAUGAUAUCCGACUGCCACUGUUCUCAAUGUGAGAGCCACACACAGCAUGCAGAUUUGAGGUAGCUAAAUGCCCCUAUAUAUCCUGUACGCGAAGAGAUUCUGUCUACAGCAUGGCUUCCUUUGUGGAAAGCCUCUUGCAUACGACAGCUGGUCAGACUGAUUGACUCUUUAUCCUUCCUUCAGAUUUGAUCCUUCCUCCAACAUUGCUGUCUGUGAUGGUCCAUAACUUAUGAGUUUUUCUUCAUGACUAUCAAUUGGAAUGAACUCUUCGUGUGACAGAAUCCAAAGUUCUAGUGAGAUCAUUCUAUUGGCUGCACUUUCAUAGACUUCCUUCCAGCGUCUUUGUUUUAGUUUAAAUAAAAUAACUUGAAAAAAAUAUUAUUUCGUUUCCUAUGUGCUGGGUGUUAUGCUCUAAUUAAGUGUCCAAAUGAACUUUAUUAAAGUAUUUUUAAAAGAAAUUAUAACCUAAAGAACAUACCCGAACAGUAAACUUUUCUAUACAAAUUCUUCGAUUCUAAGCUUCAUGUAUAAGUUGUUCUCUUCAAUGGUGGUAGAUUUUUUUCCGAGUGUCCAACCUGAUAAAGUAUUUUUGGUCGUAUCAAGAUUGUAGUGUUACACACUUUCGACUUCUAUUCGCCCACACAAUGUGAUGAGUUGUAAAGGUCAGCCGCUGAUACGUAUCACAGUCAUUAUACGUGCAUUGCACGACGGGACAGCAUCCAAACGCUUCAUCGGCAACGUACUUAAACUUGAACAGGUACUUAAAUUGUUUACUUCGGUAUUGGGAGCAGUUGAUGCACUGCCAACAACUGAGUGUCGAGUUAACACCAUGUGGUAUUUACACUAAACCAAUGCAUUAUAUCAGCGAGAUAUACUGUGAAGUCUGCCUUAUUUUGCACACGUCAUUUCUUCCAAUAUAUUGUCUGUGUGGGAACAAAUACCUAGUUGGGAACAGAUUCUUAAAUAGUCAUCUCCAGUCGACCACUUUAUUGAUAUUUAUAGGCAUUAAAUACCUCUUUAAGGCUCUUCUCAAUGAAUUAUUCGCCGUGGUUGGCACCUUAUCCAUACAUGCACCACCUGUGCUAAUUUUCUGGUAAAUAGGUUUGUGCAUUUGAGUAUUUUUCGCUUUUCGAGCAUGUUUUAUUUUAAAACUUGUAUAUAUAAAUCCGUCAUCAACUUUUAUUCCGACGUACGCAUAAAGAUCUGAAAUCGACUUAGACGUCAGCUGCACACAACAACUCGAUCAAUCAACCAAAUCUUUUUAUUUGUUUGUUUGAAAACAACAGUACAGAUGACGUUGAAUAUUCCGUGUAUUUUACUGCAUCUAAAAAAAAUUCUACCUCAAUAGUAAUCUGUAAUACCAACUUAUUAGCAACUAGCACCUGCUAGUGUAUUUGCUCACAGUAGUUUUAUCGUAGAAUGACACAUAUCCAGUCCACAAAAGGGACUUUCCCGGGGAUCGUUUGGCAUAAGUAUCUUAAAUGUUUGCAUGGCAUGGGUAGGGCAAAAUCAUGCUUGAGGCCAAUAUGCCCACAGUAAUCACCAAGGUUUCACAAUGAGUCGUUUCUUGCUAAGUAUGUCUCAGUAACCAUGGCAUGGUAUUAUAAACUGUUGACCGGCCACUUUGACGCGUUUACUUUUGUUUACCUCUAGCCGGAACACAAUACACUUAUGUGGCUUCCUCUGAAAUCACAGUCGUCGCAGUGUUAGUCGACCAUUGAUGGUUUUUAUUCACCCAUGCACGUCUUUUGAUUGUGUGGAAACAAGCACCUUUUAUGUUUUCUCUUCGAAAAAGUAAUAUGUAUAAACGGUAACAGAUCCAUAUAUUUAUCUAUGCAUUUGUAUUCGUUUGUGCUAUACGGAGGUCGUGGAUGUAUCACUGUAAACAAAAUUUAGUCAUUUUGACUAAUAAAAGUUUAGUCCAGCUCUGUCUAAAAUGACCAAUUUAAAUUAGUCAGAAAGGCCAAUGACCAAUUUAAAUUAGUCAGAAAGGCCAAUGACUAAUUUAAAUUAGUCAGACGGGCCUAUGAAUAACAUUUAUUCGUCAAAAAUAAGUCAAAUUUGACCAAAGUCAAGCACUGCUGACUACAUAUUAGUCCCAUCUUGAUUUAAUAAGUCAUCGAGACCGGAAGUAUUUUGAGCACGAAAUGAAUAACUUCUGUUUACAGUGUAGCAAAAUUGUUAAAAUGUGUCAAACCCUCCGCCCUAUAAUGAUAGCUGGAUACAAAUGGUUCUAAUGGCUGUAGAUAGUUGGUUGUUAAAUCAAAAAUUCAAUUAAAUUAAAAUAAUGAAGAUCACCAAAGUGCAAACCUACUGUGCUAGUGAUUAAGACAUGGGUUAUCAAGUAUACCAAAUUGUCAGGUCUGACUUGUUGCAAGAACAUCCUCUGCCUUUUGAAUUGAGGAUUGUGCUUGGCAAGAAGAACAAGAAUAUCAGUCCUUUGGGCCUUUUAAAAUAUUGUCCAAAUCGGACCUGUUUCUUUUCAUAAUUCUUAUUCCAGAAACAAAAGUUGAUGAUUUGGAUACCACUCAAAGCAGCUUCCGUGUAAAUAUUUCAAUUUAGAUCCUAUUAACAGUAUUAAUAAAGAAAAAUCGCACAAGAUUAUGAGAAAAGCACUGUCAAAUAAAAGGUAAACAGAUAAUCUUCAACACAAACAAUGUUUGAUGCUCUUGGGUGUUGUUUCUUCUGACAGAGGUGAGAGUUAAUUUUCGCCAUGCCUUCGCAAAAGCAUAGCAUCUUUUUUACCAUAUCAGCUUGGGGGU